UACUGUGUGUUUACUUUUGAUUUGGUACCAUAUUUACAUUUCAUAUAAGAGAGGCAAAUAAAAAAUAUCUAGUAUUAUACCAACUGUGAUCUAGUACAUAUGUAAUAACAGAGUAGUAAAAUUAGUAACUAUAAUUUUCACCCUCUAUUUGUCAUGUCUGCUCACAUAGUUUGUAUUACAUCUGGAGGUGGAUUGCCCAUAUUUUCGAGAAAAAAAGGCAAUUGUGAAAAUCUACCGUUUUCAAUUAUUGGUUCUUUAAAUGGGGUGCACAUGUUUGGAAAGCCGCUUGGCAUAGAAAUGAUAAAUAGCCUCACUGAUGAUUAUGUUGUUGCUUGGAAAGAAUUUGUAGAUAGUGUUGUUAUUAUUGGUAUAGCAAGUGGGUGUUCUGUUGAUAUUUUGAAUAAAAUAUUAGAAUCCGUUUUUAAUGCAGUUGUACUGAUAGUGGGCACAGAAGAAGUUAAAACUCAACGCAAUAUCGAAAGGUUGAAACGUGAGCUAAGGGUGUGUUACCCUCUCAUAGACAGGUUGUUGGAUUCAUUAGACUGCGGUGACUCAACCAAUAAACAUUCCUCUGAUCUAGCUGGGUUUGUGGAAACAAUAUUAUGUCCAGAAAAUCAUUUAAUUCAGAUUGUACUGGACUCUUUUACAGAAUGUGUGGACUCUAUGUUCAGUUGUGUGCUGAUAUCGGGAAAAAUUGCUGCCGCCACACAAAGUUGGUGGUCGCUACAUCCCGAUGAACUAAAACUUCUUUCUUUACUUGCCACUUCUGAAAACACUGCCAAUUCCAAGGAUAUCCCCGUUUUCUUGCCAUACAAGAGCCCUACAGUGGCGUUCCGAUUCGUAGCAUGUACUUUAAUACCAGAGGUACAACUGUGUUGCCUUUGCGGGCCAACCCCAGUUUUAAACGACGUUGAACAUUCGGUGAUGCAGUGCUUCAAAAAUUCCACCGAUAUAUUAAAUUCUGCUCUGCAUUGCUUCCCGAAGAACUUUCCUAACAAUUACGCCAUCGAUGGUAAUGUUUUAGGUUUGUUGUUGGUGAACACCAGUAUUGGAAAAUACAUGAUUUCGAAGAGCCCGCAGCAGAACUCUGCCAAAAAACCUACGAGCAGCUCCCACCGCCUUGAUAUUUUGAGAACUUUUUUCUAUCGAGCGGUUUUAAGCCAUCUAGUACCUACUGUACCGAGUAAGAAUAGAUCUAGUGGUGGCAACGCAACCGAAAAUAAUUCUUCAAAGGACAAAAUGGGUUGUGAUGAGUCAAACGUUGGGACGGAGACAUAUUGGUGUUCGGAAUAUCACAAAUGCCAUGCUGUCAAGUCUAACGAGAACAUCCUGUGCGUUUUGUAUAGUUCAUCGGUACCGACACAUUGCAUGAGGCUUAUAACACAGAAGACAAUUAAGCAGUUGAUAUCGGACAAGCAGGUUUGUUGGUAACCUUUUUUUUAAAGAUUUGUUGCGAUGAAUUGAUUUCGUAUUGAAUUUUCCGUCCAUGUACACUAUCUGUGAUAAAUUAGUAUUUUGGUUUUUUGAUUUGGUGUGAAAUUAUUUUUUUACGAUAAUUAACAGUAUUUUUAGUCUUUUACAAUAA